GUCCAGUCGCCCGCCCGUCCACCCGCCCGCUCGGUAUUAUGAUUAGCGCCGGGUGCGGGGUUCCGGCGGCCGGGAGGCAGGCGGCGGCGCGGCGGCCGUUGCUGCGGACGGUCACCCGCCUGCCGGCUGAGAGCAAAGAAGCGACUAACACAAGGCAGUAAGAACAAGGGUUCUUCACUGUGGAGCUUACAGGAUGUCCUUGGCAACACUGAAAAUGAACUCCUUCUUUUCGCCAGACACUCUUCUAUGAGAAGACUCAUUUCAGGCAGUCUAGGUAUUUUUCCCUCCGCCGCUGCAGCAGCAUGGCAGGAUUCAAACGCGGCUAUGACGGGAAGAUUGCGGGGUUGUACGAUCUGGAUAAAACCCUGGGGCGAGGGCAUUUUGCUGUGGUUAAACUGGCGAGACACGUCUUCACAGGAGAAAAGGUGGCGGUAAAAGUGAUCGACAAGACCAAACUGGAUACACUCGCCACUGGACAUCUGUUCCAGGAAGUGAGGUGCAUGAAACUGGUGCAGCACCCCAACAUCGUCCGCCUUUACGAAGUCAUCGACACCCAGACCAAACUCUAUCUGAUUCUCGAACUCGGUGAUGGAGGAGACAUGUUCGACUACAUCAUGAAACAUGAGGAGGGCCUCAACGAAGACCUGGCCAAGAAGUACUUUGCACAGAUCGUGCAUGCUAUUUCUUACUGCCAUAAACUCCACGUGGUCCACAGAGACCUAAAACCGGAGAACGUGGUCUUUUUUGAGAAACAAGGUCUUGUAAAGUUGACAGACUUCGGUUUCAGCAACAAAUUUCAGCCCGGGAAGAAGCUCACCACAAGCUGUGGCUCUCUUGCCUACUCUGCUCCAGAAAUCCUGCUCGGGGAUGAGUACGAUGCCCCUGCGGUGGAUAUCUGGAGUCUGGGAGUGAUCCUCUUCAUGCUGGUGUGUGGCCAGCCGCCCUUCCAAGAAGCCAACGACAGUGAAACGCUGACCAUGAUCAUGGACUGCAAAUACACGGUGCCCUCCCACGUGUCCAAAGAAUGUAAAGACCUGAUCACCCGGAUGCUGCAGAGAGAUCCCAAGCGGAGGGCCUCCCUGGAGGAGAUCGAAAACCACCCCUGGCUCCAGGGCGUCGACCCUUCGCCCGCCACCAAGUACAACAUCCCGCUGGUAUCCUACAAGAAUCUGUCGGAGGAGGAGCACAACAGCAUCAUUCAGCGCAUGGUGCUGGGGGAUAUCGCCGACCGCGAUGCCAUUGUGGAAGCCCUGGAGACCAACAGGUAUAACCACAUCACCGCCACUUACUUCCUGCUUGCCGAAAGGAUCCUGAGGGAGAAGCAAGAGAAAGAGAUACAGACCCGAUCUGCCAGCCCGAGCAACAUCAAGGCCCAGUUUAGGCAGUCGUGGCCCACCAAAAUCGACGUGCCCCAGGACCUGGAGGACGACCUGACGGCCACACCGCUGUCCCACGCGACGGUGCCGCCCGCGCCCGCGCGGGCCGGGGACGGCGUGCUCAACGGGCACCGCGGCAAGGGCCUGUGCGACGCGGCCAAGAAGGACGAGCUGCCCGAGCUGGCGGGGCCCGCGCUGGCCGCCGCGCCGCCCGGCGGCCUCCAGCCCGCGGCGGGCGGGCGCAAGUGCCUGUUCCGUGUGGAGGAGGACGAGGAGGAGGACGAGGAGGACAAGAAACCCAUGUCCCUGUCCACGCAGGUGGUCCUGCGCCGCAAGCCGUCGGUCACCAACCGCCUGACGUCGCGCAAGAGCGCGCCGGUGCUCAACCAGAUCUUCGAGGAGGGCGAGUCGGACGACGAGUUCGACAUGGACGAGAACCUGCCGCCCAAGCUGAGCCGCCUCAAGAUGAACAUCGCGUCGCCGGGCACGGUGCACAAGCGCUACCACCGGCGGAAAAGCCAGGGCCGCGGCUCCAGCUGCAGCAGCUCGGAGACCAGCGACGACGACUCGGAGAGCCGGCGGCGGCUCGACAAGGACGGCGGCGGCUUCGGCUACUCGUGGCACCGGCGGGACAGCAGCGAGGGCCCGCCGGGCAGCGAGGGCGACGGCGGCGGCGGCGGCGGCGGCCAGGGCAAGCCGGGCGCGGGCGGCGCGGGCGCGGACAAGACGAGCCCCGGGGGCGAGCACGGCGCGGGCGGCGGCGGCGGCGGGGGAGGCGGCGGCGGCCCCGCGGCGGGCGGCGCGGGCCCGGCGGGCGGCUCGGGCUCGGUGCGGCGCUGCGCGGGGGCCCCGGCCCCGGCCCCGGCCCCCGCGCCCCGCGGGCCCGGCGAGCUGGUGGAGAGCCUCAAGCUGGUGGGGCUGUGCCUGGGCUCGCAGCUGCGCGGCGGCGCGCCCUACCUGCUGGACCCGCGCCGCGGCCUGGCGCUGUCGAGCGUCAAGGUGCAGGAGAAGUCGUCGUGGAAGAUGUGCGUGGGGGGCGCGGGCGGCGCGGGCCGGGCGCCCGGCGGCGGCGAGGGCGGCCCCGGCCGCGGCCCCGCCCUGCGCUUCUUCUCCGAGGCCUCGGCCGACCUGCGCGGCCUGCAGAGCCGCGGCCUGAAGAACAACGUGCUGCAGCUGCCGCUGUGCGAGAAGACCAUCUCCGUGAACAUCCAGCGCAGCCCCAAGGAGGGCCUGCUGUGCGCGCCCAGCCCGGCCAGCUGCUGCCACGUCAUCUGACCGCGACGCCGCGCGCGCGCCUGCGCGCGGACGCCUUUGGACGUCGUCCCGCCCGGCCGCCCGCCCGCCCCUGCUGCUUCGCGCCAGAGCCUCGCCCGGCCCGAGCGCGGCUAGGCUGUGUGUUCCUCUGUCGGCCGCGCUCCCGACGGCGUGACAAUGCAUGGUCUUUGUGCAUGCUGCUAGACGUGUCCUCCCGGCCGGAAGAGUCUCCCGCGUCCCGGUCCUGGUGCCCGGCGGGUGACGGUCGGGAUUGAAUUAAAACGUGUAUCCAGAGCACUUGGCAAUCUUGACGUCCUGCACUUAAGCCCGGAGCGGGGAGAGAGGGAAAGGGAAAGGCCCUUGUCUGCUGGUGAGAACCCCGCGUGACGGCCGCCGCUGCACGCACAUGCGCACGCGCGCUCUGGACUGACCAAAGCAAUAACGCGGACGCCGCCGCUGCGCAGCGCGGGCCGGGCCAGAACGCGACGCCAGGGCCGCGUGCUGU